UAAAAUUGUUCCGAGGAGUAUAUUUAAUCCCAAUUCUUACUUUUCCAGUUGUAUGAUUUGACAUUUGAAGAGCAGCGAGCAUAAAAGAAAAAGAAUACUCUGCCGCGAGUCAUUCUUUUCCAGGACAGAUCUCUGAAGGUGUAAAGUUACUUCUCUCAGGAAUGGAGAGAAGGGCUCAUCGCUUCGCCGGCCUUCUCCUCAUCGCAGCGGUAGUAGCUGUGCUUAGUCCUUUGUCCCGGGCAGCAGAAUCAAGAGCCUCUUUUGAUGAUAAUUUCAGCAAAAGCUGCCCGGAGACGAAUUUCAAGACUUCUGAAGAUGGGGGGACCUGGUAUCUCUCCUUGAACAAAGAAGCAGGCUGUGGGUUUAUGACGAAGCAGAAGUACAGAUUCGGGUGGUUUAGCAUGAAACUUAAACUUGUCGGUGGGGAUUCAGCGGGAGUUGUGACUGCUUAUUAUAUGUGCUCGGAGAACGCUGCCGGGCCGGAGAGGGAUGAGCUAGACAUCGAGUUCUUGGGGAACAGAACUGGGCAGCCUUACCUUAUACAGACCAAUGUCUACAAGAAUGGAACCGGCGGCCGAGAGAUGAGGCACAUUCUAUGGUUCGAUCCCACUGAGGACUUCCACUCCUAUUCCAUUCUCUGGAACAACCACCAGAUAGUGUUCUUCGUAGACAGAGUUCCCAUUAGAGUGUUCAAGAACGCCAACUACACCAACAAUUUCUUCCCGAACGAGAAGCCAAUGUACUUAUUCUCGAGCAUAUGGAACGCGGAUGACUGGGCGACGAGAGGCGGCCUGGAGAAGACGGACUGGAAAAAGGAACCAUUCGUGUCGUCGUACAAAGAUUUCAACGUGGACGGGUGCCAAUGGGAGGAUCCCUACCCGGCCUGUGUAUCAACCACCACUGAUAAUUGGUGGGAUCAGUACGACGCAUGGCACCUUUCAAAGGAUCAGAAGACGGACUAUGCUUGGGUGCAGAGGAACCUUGUUAUAUACGAUUAUUGCAAGGAUACAGAGAGGUACCCUAAGUUGCCGGAGGAGUGCUGGCUAAGCCCAUGGGACUAACCAAUUACUACUGCCAGCUUAACAUAUCCAUUUAUUUGCUGCACAUUAAUUAAUGUGUACAAAUUGCAGAGACUGCAUCGUUUUGAAAUCUGUAUUGAUGCGUUCAUUAUUUAUUUAUUCAAAUUAUGUAUAUUUAGUUUUUUUCAAGAAAAAAUAUUUUGUUUUUGUAA